GGCUUGGCAGCAUCAUCGGCAGUCAACGAUGGCACCUCGGAAAGCACUGGAGAGCGGAGAACAUCCUUCGUUGCACAACACCAUCGCGGAAAAUUCGACGGCUAGAGCCUCCGCUAUGGCUGUUCUUCGGAUAUGGCUUGCUGCUGGACGACGUCGACUCGUGCCGUACAAGCAAGACGAGGAGUAUAAAUAGUUGGGAUGUCACUGUACUGUGGAGGUAUCGCUGGAUACUUUACGCCAAUCAUCACUCAAUAUGAGUAUCGGAACUCGCAGCAAUUGCAAGAAGCAGGCCUUUCUUGGUUUUUUCUUCGCAGCUACAGCAAUGUCCAAGGCUGUUCCUGCUCCCAAAAGCUUCCAACACAAUGCUUUCACACUACGAAGCAACACAGAGGCGCUGCCAUACCGGGAUGCAUCGCUUCCCGUGGAUGAACGCGUUGAUGACCUGAUCCAACGCAUGACCUUAGAAGAGAAGGCUGGACAGCUGUUCCAGAGCAUCUUAAACCUACCGGCCAACGGCAGCAGCGCUCUUGCCAACACCACAGUUCUUGCUGUUGAAGGCAAGUUCCAAACACACUUCAACCUGGGGGGAACAGUCAACAGCCCUCGCGUGGCAGCACAAUGGUACAACAACCUGCAACAGAGUGCUCUGAACACUCGACUUGGCAUACCUGUGACCAUGUCUUCGGAUCCCCGACACUCAUACACAGACGCACUUGGAUCUCAAAUUGCCGCGACUGCUUUUUCGCAAUGGCCGGAGAGUCUUGGCCUUGCAGCUCUGAGGGAUGCGGAACUGGUCCACAAGUUCGCAAACAUUGCUCGCCAAGAGUACCUGGCCAUUGGUCUUCGAUCGGCCCUGCACCCACAAGUUGAUCUUGCUACUGAACCUCGUUGGGCCAGAAUCGGAGGUACCAUGGGCGAGGAUGCGGAGCUCACUGCCGAACUUGUUGUUGCGUAUAUUGAAGGCUUCACCGGUGACGAAUUCGGCAAUCAAUCAGUCACCACUGUGACCAAGCACUUCCCCGGUAGUGGACCAGUCCAGGAUGGCGAGGACAGCCACUUCACAUAUGGGAAGAAUGCCACAUACCCUGGCAACAACUUUGAACAGCACCUCAUUCCCUUCAAGGCCGCCAUUGCUGCUGGCGCCCGCCAAAUCAUGCCUUAUUACUCUCGCCCCAUCGGCACCAAGUACGAGGAAGUCGCUUCUGGCAUGAACAAGGGCAUCAUCACCGACCUUCUCCGCCACGAGCUCGGCUUUGAAGGUAUCGUAGUCACUGACUGGGGUCUGAUCACCGACGUCGUCAUCCGUGGACAAGACAUGCCAGCUCGUGCCUGGGGCGCCGAGAACCUAACUGAGAUCGAGCGCGCCGAGAAGAUCCUAAAUGCUGGAGCUGACCAAUUCGGCGGUGAACAGCGCUUCGACCUCAUCCUCCAACUCGUCGGCAAUAACACCAUCAGCGAGGACCGCAUCGACCUCUCCGUCCGCCGUCUGCUGCGCGAGAAGUUCCUCCUCGGGCUCUUCGAAAACCCGUUUGUCGACGUCGACGCAGCAGACAAACUCGUCGGUACAGCGGAAUUCGUCGCUGCGGGCAAAGACACACAGCGCAAGUCCUUCACCCUGCUGACUAACAACGACACCGUCCUGCCCCUCAAGCACGACAAGAAUGUCAAGUUCUACAUUGAGGGCUUGAACAAGACUCUCCUCGCUCAAAGGGAGAUUACUGUUGUUGCUAUGCCAGAGCAAGCAGACUUCGCCCUCCUCCGCCUCCAAGCCCCAUACGAGCCGCGCCCCGGCGGCUUCGAAGCAAACUACCACGCCGGCAGUCUCGAGUACAACGCCACUGAGCGCGCGCGCCAAGCUGCUAUCUACGCCGCUGUGCCUACUAUCGUUGAUAUUUAUCUUGACCGCCCGGCUGCUAUUCCUGAGAUUGCGGAGCAGGCGAAGGCGUUGAUGGCUAAUUAUGGUGCGGCGGGUGAGGCGUUUUUGGACGUUGUGUUUGGCUUCGACGGGUAUAAGCCGCAAGGAAAGUUGCCGUUUGAUUUGCCGAGGAGUAUGGAGGCGGUUGAGGCGAGUAAGGAGGAUGUGCCUUUUGAUACGGAGAAUCCUGUGUUUAGGUUUGGGCACGGUUUGAGCUAUAAUGAUUGCUAGGUAGAGUCGAGACGCUUGAUGGUGCCUUCCGUGGACCGAUGGCGAUGUAACGACGUAAUGAUACAGUACGAAACAUUCCAAUAGCCC